GCGCGGCGGCUGCGCAGAACGGGGCCGCCAUGAACGAGGAACGGCUGCGGCGUGUGCGAGACCGGGUGCGGUCCUUCCCCGACUUCCCGGUGCCCGGCGUGCUCUUCCGCGAUAUCAGCCCCCUGCUGAAGGAUCCUGUAGCUUUCAGGACUUUGAUUGAUCUUCUGGAAGAUCAUUUGAGGGCAGCUUUCCCCAAAAUCGACUUCAUUGCAGGUCUGGACUCCCGCGGCUUCCUCAUAGGCCCCCCCCUGGCUCAGAGACUGGGGAUCGGCUUCGUGCUGAUACGGAAAAAGGGGAAGCUUCCUGGUCCGACCGAGUCCAUCUCCUACGCCCUUGAGUAUGGCACGGCUGAACUGGAAAUCCAGAGCGACGCUGUGGAACCAGGACAAAAAGUAGUUAUCGUGGAUGACUUGCUUGCAACCGGAGGUACCAUGUGGGCAGCCUGCGAGCUGAUGAAGAGGCUGAAGGCUGAAGUUCUGGAAUGCCUGGUGAUCAUAGAGUUGAAACUCCUGAAAGGGUCAGAGAAGCUCAAGUCCAUCCCUUUCUACUCUCUGCUGCAGUAUGACUGAGGAGGGAACGCACGCCCUGAGCUGUGCACAAGUUUGGGGCUUUAAUCAGUGACUUCAUGUCACAAGGGGGUGGGCAGGGGGGGAACCUACAAUUUUGAUCCUGGCCAGAUGCUAUACAAUCAUGAGUCCUAUUUAUUUUCCAAGCCACAGAUUAAGGUGUGUUGAGUGUAAAGAUCCUUUUGGAGUUCAUCCUUUUGGGAAGAAGGAACAGCCUGAUUGUUUUGGGGGAUGGAGACUAAGGUGCACUUUCACUGAAUAUUUCUUUUUUUAGGACACCAAAGUGAAAAUAUUGCUGCUGAGGCAGGAGAGGUCUGAUAGCUCAGGGGCCCAACACCCCCCUUCGAUUUAGCUGUGCCUGGUCAGCCUCCUAGGAACCCAUCAACAGUUUGCCAAAGAAACACAGAAGACAGGCACAAAGUGAUUAUUUGUCUAAGGGAUAAAUCCCUCUGCAUUUGAGGAUGGGCUGGUUGCUCUCUGCUGUCGCUCACACCAGAGCGGGUUGUUCUUACGUUGAGGUAGUGCUUGGUAAGGAGAAUUAAGUGCCUGCCCAGCCCUGUGUUCUGCAACAGAGUUUGCUGGUGUAGAUGAGCUCAAACACAGCUCGCAGCUGGGUCUCCUUCCCUUGAGACUGCAGGAAGCUGAAGGUCUCUGUUGAAGGAAGCUGCCUGCCUUCCCUUGGUCCAGGGUAGUUCUUAACAGUGGGUUUUGCAAAACAAGGAGCAGCGUACGUCGUGAGAAGUAGCACGCAGCUGGGCGACAGGCAGUGAGGAAGGGAGCUGUGCCCGUGCUCAGGGCUGUUCCCUCCGCGGUGUUCUCCUUGGUAUCAGGAUGGCGCACGGGCUCCUUUCUCGUUGGUAUGUUUGGUGUCAGGUACGGCCACAGGAAAGAAAGAAAAGGCGUGAUGCUUGCAGCCGAGCUCCAGCAGUCUCACUCGGGUUGUGUGAUGGAUGAAGUGGGGUUCAGAGGCGCUCCCUACAGCACGGUUCAGUUUGGUCACAGGAGUAGCUAAAACCCAGUGUGCCAACUUUUACAUGCCUGAAAACAUUGGGGACUGUGUCCUAGCAGGGGCUGAACUCACUGGCAAAAUAAAUCUUGACUUAUUUUUAUUUUUUCUAAA